AUGAGCUCUGGCGUGACUGGAUUCAGCCUCUUACCUCCUCGGAAGCAGAAACCCCAUAGCAGGAGUGGUAACGAACAGUCAAGGAAAGAAAACACCUGGGGCUCCGUGGCUCAGGAUGAGAGAGAGGCAGGGAUGGCCAACCCCACAAGUGACCCAGAGCCGGGAAAAGACAUGGAAGAUCUGACAAAAGGCCUGGAGGAACUCUGCAAGAGCCCUGAAGAGAAGAGUGAGAAGGCUCUGCUACAGUCACGCCUAGAACAGCAGCAUCACCUUACUGUAUACUGAAGAAAAAAAUCAGACGAUGCACACAAACGCUGCCAAAGCCUGGAGCAGCUCAACAUGGAGCUGGAGAAACUGAGGACAGAGGAUGCUGUGAAAGUGACAGCCCAGACCCAAGGGAUUCAGCACUUGGAGAGGCGCUUCAUGGAUCUGGCCAACAACCAUGAAAAAACGAUCCAGUUCAAGAACAAACACAGGUAAUGGCAUAUGCAGCUGUGGGAGGAGAAUAAGCGCCUGCGGCAGCAGAACGAAGCGCUCUUCAGCCAGAGCAGAGAGAAGGAAGCCCAAGUGCUCCGGCUCGCUGCCCAGGCCAGGAAGCUCUGGCAGCAGUUAGACUCCUUCCAGGAGAAACAUACUUAUGACAGCCGCAGAGCCCAGGAGCGAGAAAAGCAGCUGCCAGAAGCUCAGAGCCAGCAAGCAAGUGCUGACGCCCGGGAAGUCGAUUCACUGAAAAAACAGCUGCAACGCCUACAGAAGCAGCACCAACACACGGCUGCUCAGGUAGAGCAUGCAGAAAGUCAGCAGAAGGCUCAGGGCAGGGAGCUGCAGGCCAAGCUGGAGAAGGCGAACUAGGAGAAAGAGCAGCUACUGAACCUGGCCAUGGAGAGGGACAAAGCUCUGCAAGACAAGCAACGGGAAAUUCAGCAGCUCGUGGAGAAGCUGGAGAUGGUGGAAAAAGCCCGGCAGAGAGCAGAAAAGUGCCUCGACCAUGAGCUCCAACGACAGCUCGAAAGCAGCAAGCAGGCAUACAACAAACUCUUGCUGCAGUUUGAUGCUUACAGAAAGCACAGCGCAGAUUUGCAGACUAAAGAAACGCUGAACGUCAAACUCCGUCAUUUCAUUGUGUAA